GUACAGGUGCAACGGUUUUCUCGCGCUCAGGACUUCAACCGAGUCGGGUCGUCGUCGUCGUCAAGUGCCCAAUCCCGAAAAAUCGAAGCAGACGACGUCCACGAAUUUGGCAGAAUUUCACAUUCUGUCGCCGCCUACUCAUUAGAAUUUAAAUUUCGAUUUGGUUGGGUUCGCUUUCGAUUGGGCCCAUAAUCGGUCGCGCCAGAACGUGCCAUUAUCAGUCGUCACUUUGUGCGAUGUCCGAAAAAACAACCAAAUCAAGUGGUGUACGAUUGUGACCUAACUAGGUGACGCUCUGAAUCCCGAAAUAUCUCCUCUCGGGUCUAAUCGAUUAGUGUAGUGCGGCUUGGCCGACUGUGAAGAUGGCACUCGUGCUUUGUGCGAUUUUCGUAAAUGUCGUUCUGCUGUUGACGACGGCUGUUCAAACGCAGGAUCCGCAGCAGGAUCGUCCCAGCUAUCGACUUCCGCGGGAGGUCGUUCCGGAGCACUACGAUCUGGAGGUGCAUACACACCUGGGCGAUGACGACGAAGGGUUUCGGUUCUUCGGUGUAGUUAACAUUACGGUUACAUCGAUGUAUGACUCUUCCAGUGUGACCUUACACUCCAAGGAUCUCACCAUUGACGCAAACAGAACUGCCGUCAUCAAUCUGAACACCUCGCAACCGCUGGCAAUCGAUACGGUCGAUUACGAUCUGCAAAACGAUUUCCUAAUCAUCCGUAUAGGAGGCGGAAGUGAAAAGCUACGGGCUGGCGACCAAUACCUGCUGAGCGUUCCGUUCGAAGCGGAACUGAAGAUGGACGUGGUUGGGUACUACCGAAGUAGUUAUGUGGACUCAGCGAGCGAACAACGAUCAUGGCUUUCGAUAACGCAGUUCCAAGCGAUCCACGCCCGUCGUGCUUUCCCAUGCUUUGACGAACCGGAACUGAAGGCGACCUUCAACAUCUCGCUCGGGCAUCACAAGAAAUACAACGCCCUGUCCAACAUGCCACAAAUCAGUUCGGAGGUGCUCCUAGAUCAACCCAACUGGGUCCUGGAUCACUUCGAUCAAAGCGUUGUCAUGAGUUCCUACCUGGUGUCGUUCUCGAUAAACGAUUAUGGCUUUGCGGAAGCACCGGCAAACAAUUCUACCGACGUCACGGUUCGUUCCUGGACGCGCAAGGACUCGCUAGAAAACCUACGCUACGCAAACGAAAUCGCUGUCAAGUUGAUCGAGCUGUACGAGCAGAACUUCCGGUUGAAGUUCCCGCUCCCAAAAAUGGACUUCAUGACCAUUCCGGACAUGUUGUUCGCGGCCAUGGAGAACUGGGGCCUCGUCACGUACACGGAAGGGGCGCUGGAAUUUUCUCCGAGCAGCGGAACCCUGGACGAUCGGCACUUUGUGGCGUCGGUUGUGGCGCACGAAAUCGCCCACAUGUGGUUCGGCAAUCUGGUGACCAUGCGCUGGUGGACGGAUCUCUGGCUCAACGAGGGCUUCGCGCGGUACACGGAAUUCCAGGCGGUGGAAUACCUCCACCCGGAGAUGCGAUCGCUGCAGGAGAUCGUGAUCGAGGAUGUGCUGGAGAUUUUCGAGUUUGACGCGUUGAACUCGAGUCAUCAGGUGUCGAUCGCGAUCGGUAAUCCAGAGACGAUUCCCCAGCUGUUCGAUUCGAUUUCUUAUAAGAAGGGAUCAGCGCUGGUGAGGAUGAUGAAUAUGUUCUUGGGAGAUGAUACGUAUCACCGGGGGGUUGGGAGGUAUCUGGCGAGGUUCAAGUUCGGGAAUGCCGAGCAGGAUGAUCUGUGGGAAGCUUUGACCGAGGAGGCCCAGGAAAGUGGGAACUUUCCGGACGGUUUCGAUGUGAAGGCGGUCAUGGAUACGUGGACUCUUCAGACGGGCUAUCCGGUAGUGUACGUGGAACGCGACUACGAUCAACGGACGAUGACGUUCCGUCAGAUGAGGUUCAUGCAUGACGAAACGAUCGACGAUCCGGCGUGCUGGUGGAUUCCGUUGACCAUAUCCAGCUCGCCGUAUCCGUAUUUCAACCAAACUCUACCGCAGUGCUGGUUGGGCUGCACCAAGGACACGACUCCGUUCCUGACGAAUCUACCCUGUAGCACGGAGUGGGUGAUCGUGAACAACCAAAUGGCGGGGUUGUACAAAGUACAGUACGAUUAUCACAAUUACCGACUGUUGGCAAACUUCCUGAACGGGCCAAACUACGAGACGAUCAACGCGAUCAACCGGGCGCAGCUCGUAGACGAUGCCAUGGACUUCGCCUGGGCAGGUAUCCAGGACUACUCGAUCGCGUUUUCCCUGAUGCACUACCUCCGGAAAGAGGUCGAAUACGUGCCGUGGAAGGCGACGCUGACCAAUCUGGAGAGUCUCGAUCGGGUCCUCAUGGACUCCGAUCAUUACGACACGUUCAAGGCGUACACAAGCCACCUGUUGCUUCCCCUGUACAAUCGGUUGAACAUCUUCGGAAGUAGCUUCUCGGGUGAUCGACUGGGUCAGGUAAGGUUGAAACAGCUGGUAACGGGUUGGGCCUGCAGUAUGGACAUGGGAGAUUGCGUGGUGAACUCGCUUAAGCUGUUUGGUCUGUGGGUGAGCAGCGGGAAGAAUCCGGUGCCGUUGGAUCUUCGAUCGACGGUGUACUGCACGUCGAUACGGGAGAGCUCUCGGGCGGAGUGGGAGUUCUUGUGGGAUCGAUAUCGGGAGGCAGGUGUGGCUAGUUCGGAACGGUCGGCCAUUGCCGAGGGGUUGGCCUGUACGAGGGAUCGAGGGCUGAUCGGGCGGUUGCUGGUGUGGUCGGUGGAGCCGGAUUCCGAGUUGAGGUUGGACGAUACGACGGUGGUUUUCCAGGGGAUCGCCGAUCAUAAGGAGGGCGUUGAGAUGGCCAAGAGCUUCCUGUUCGAGAACAUUGACAAGAUGGUGGAUUAUGUCAACCCGGAAACUUUCGAAUCCCGACUGGCCAGUCAUGUGAAGGUUCUGGCGCAACAGAUUACCACCGGGAAGGAACUACGGGAACUGGAGCAGUUUGUAGCACGGGAGAAUUCCAUUCUGGCGGGUAACUCGAUUGCCAUCGCACAGGCUCUGGAGUUGGCUCGGAUCAACAUUCAAUGGAUGGAGAAUCGGUUGGUGGGAUUCGGGACGUAUUUGCAGCAGUUACAGGAGAAGGGAUUUGAUGCUUCGCAGAUGGAGUGGUUAUGAUGAUCAAGUGAAUGAUCGUUCGAAGUUCUAUGUAAAUAUCUCAUAGAAAAUACAAUUACUUGAUUUUAUGAUAGUUUUAAA